AUGAAUAUACAACAGCUUUCUUUCUUUACGGGCCAAGGAAUAUCUGCGGCAGCCCUAAACGAAUCUGAUACUUAUAUCGCAACUCGAUUCUACGGUGCCUACGACGUCAUACAAAAGAACCUCUUCAACAAACUCAAAGUACUUUUGGAUGAAGCCAUCAAGUCUACCGAAUUUGAGCCCUUUGCGCUAUCUGAAAUUCGUCGCUUUCGAAGACAUCUUAGCAAAGCGACUUCGAAGAUCGAGGACUAUUCCAUGUAA